AUGUCCAACCGGGUGGACCCGAUCAAAGGGGCCCAAUGUACCUACGAGCCGGGGGAUAAAACACCCCGGCCCAAGACCAACCGCACCGUGGACCAUUCGCGUACCACGGGCACCGAUUUCGAUUUGCAGGAUCUUCCCAUGCGAGGGGACGACGAUGUAGAAUUCGAUCUCGAUCUCGAUCAAGAAGACCCUAUGUCUGCGCAAUGUACAGACCUUGUCAAGCAGAUCGGUAUGCGGGGCGGUGCUUUCUCUCACGACUGA